AUGUAUGUAGUCUCCCGAAUGCAGUUCCUCAAUGCUGGAUAUUCCAAUUGUAAUUCUAUAACAAGUGAUGGAUGUGAAGUAAAUCUAAAAACGAUUACUAACUGUGGUGGAUGUAGUAUUGUAUGUGCACCGGCUCACGCAGUACCGUCUUGUUCGACAGGAUCUUGUGCAGUUUCAUCGUGUAACAGUGGAUGGGCAGACUGCAAUUCGUCUCCAGGUGACGGAUGCGAAACAGAUUUAACGACUACAAUCAACUGUGGUGCCUGUGGCAGUAUUUGUAACCUUCCUGAUGCCGUUCCCACAUGUUUAGCAGGUGCUUGUUAUAUCUCGUCUUGUAUUAAUCCUUUCGCCGACUGUGAUAGUACAGCCAGUAAUGGAUGCGAAGUAAACUUGCAAAUAGAUACGGCACAUUGCGGUACAUGCUCGACUGUUUGUACACCCAUGCACGCUACGCCCUCAUGCACAAAUUCUUCUUGUACCAUUGCCAUGUGUAAUACUAGUGGAUGGACUGACUGCAAUUUAUCCCCAACUGACGGAUGUGAAAUCAAUGUACAUACGAUACUUAAUUGCGGUAGCUGUGGCACUUUAUGCAAUCUCGCACACUGUACCGAAAGUUGUGCAACAGGGUCAUGUGUGAUUGCAACAUGUGAUAUGGGCUAUGCUGAUUGUAAUUUAUGGGCUACUGACGGGUGUGAAACAGAUAUAACAACGGUGAUCAACUGUGGUACCUGUGGAACAGUCUGUAACCUCGCUGAUGCCGUGCCCAUGUGUCUAAGUGGCUCAUGUGACAUUUUUUCUUGUGUUAACGGGUACGACGAUUGUGAUUCAAAUCCAAGUACCGGGUGUGAAACAAACUUAUUGAUAUCAGCGACUAACUGCGGAUCAUGUCAUAAUAAUUGUAGUCUCGCUCAUUCAACAUCGGCCUGUUUGAAUGGCAGCUGUGUAAUUGCAUAUUGUGACCUAGGCUACAUCAAUUGUAACGGGAUCACAAGCGACGGGUGCGAAGUAAAUAUAUUAACAUCAGCGACCAAUUGUGGCCAUUGUGGAAAUGUUUGCAAUCUCACGCAUGCCUCUGCUGUUUGUUCGUCGGGAGCCUGUGCAAUUUCCUCAUGCGAUACAGCUUACGGUGACUGUGAUGGGUCGGCAGUUACGGGUUGUGAAAAAAGUCUGCGAACACUCACUGACUGCGGUUUAUGUGGUACAGCAUGUCAUUUAACUAAUUGCGCGUAUACAUGUUCAGGAGGUGCAUGCGCAAUUCUCACGUGUAAUGCAGGUUACGCAAACUGCGACGGAGUCACUAGUAAUGGUUGUGAAGCUGAUCUGACGACGGUCACCACUUGUGGAUCGUGCAUUACGUGCAAUCUUGCAUAUGCUACUGCCGGAUGUUCUAAUCAAACAUGCGUUAUUUCGUCGUGUAACUCUGGUUAUUCUAAUUGCGAUGGAAUAGAUAGUACAGGAUGUGAAGUAAAUCUUUAUACAACGUCACAUUGUGGAUCGUGUAAUUAUGCAUGUCCCAGCUAUGCGCACUCGAGUCAAUCAUGUUCAACGGGUGUUUGUGUAAUGUCAUGUGUUACUGGUUAUGCUAAUUGUGAUGGAAGUAUAACUAAUGGUUGCGAAGCAGAUUUAAGUUCAACUAGUACAUGUGGAUCAUGUAGUACUUCCUGUGCAACUGGUACAAGCUGUAAUUGUCUUUUUACUGGCUGUAGCUGCAGCGGAGCAUGCUUUCAUGGUGAUGAACUUGUUUCGAUGAUUAGUGGUGAAUAUAAAAAAGUGAAAGAUUUAUUAUCGGGCGAUCGUGUUUAUUCAUUAAAUGAACAAAACCAAAUUAUUGAAGAUGAAAUAAUCAUGAUGGUUCACAAAGAACCGAAUACAACAGUUAAUUUUUGUGUAGUUGAGACAGUGUUAAAUCAUACCGUAACUGUAACAUGCGAUCAUUAUUUUCCUACACGCGGAUCAGCUGAGCGAUUUGUCACCCCAGCUAAAUUAACACCAAAUAAUUUCUUGUACGUGCAAGACACUGGAAACAAAAUACAGUUGAUAUCUGUAAAACGUAUACGCCAAGAGGCCAAAAUUGGUUUUUAUACCCCAGCAACAUAUCAAGGGAUAAUAUUUGUUAAUAAUAUUGCGGCAUCUUGUUAUCCAGAAGCCAUGCCUACACUCAAACAUGAAACGAUUCAUAACAUACUUGCACCGUUUCGAUGGUGGUAUACAAUAUUAAAAUUAUGUGGUGUUCAACAACCAUUUCCAUACCAAUCGACACCCGGUUUUCGAUACCCAUUUAAUCACGUUGUUGAUAAUGCACAUCUCGUCUUUUAUCUAUUUCAAACAUCAGUGAUUUACCAAAAAAUAAUUGGCACUGUUCUUCUCGUCGUCUUUGCAACUCGAUUUAUCUGGCGUCGACUGCAGAAUUACUCAAAGUCUGCCGGUUAA